AUGGAGGUAGACAGUGAAAUUUUAAGUUCUAGUUUUAACCCUCCGCCAAAUAAAUACCUUGAUUGUUUGGGACAAAACAGUGUAAACCAAGAACAAACAUUUCAUGAAAACAGUUUUAUCACAAAAAAUGAACUAAAUACAAUUUUUCAAAAUACUAGUCACUUCAGUGUAAAUGAUAUAAAAACUAUAAACUUAUUCAAUCAUAAAUUUGAUUUAGGUGCAGCUUUUCAAAGACAAUCCAAAAUUUUGUUCAGCUUAGCACUGAAAAACUUGCAAGUAUUCCAUCAAAAUGUCACAAAUAAUUUAACUGAAAGUAUAAGCAAUGAUCGAGUUGACUAUUAUGAUCUACGUACUCAAAUAACUGAUUUGCUGUACCAUGCUAAAAUGUAUGUAAAAGAUUUAAAUAACAUGCAAUCUAUUUACAACAUUGUUUAUUGUCAUAAAGCUUUAUUUGAAGAAUUGACAACAUUUCGAUUAUGUAUAAACAUGUUCUCGAAUCUACCAGGUUAUAUUCUUAGACAUUCCUUUUCAAAUCGAGGCAACAGAUGCACUCAGGCUUCGUAUCAUUUAUUUCAUGGACAUUUGGAAUGGAGAUGGCAUCAUUUAAUUAUAAUGUUUGAAUUAAAUAAAGGACAUUCAGAAACUAAUAGCAGUAUUGAGAAUAACGAUCAUACAACAUUUGAAGAAUAUCUGCUAUUAUUCUUAGCUGAUUUGAUGAUAAUUGCUAUUGAAAUAUUUGACAAAACUCAAUUCCAUGAUGUGGUAGAUACAACACCAUUUUCAUGUUAUUGCGUAAAAGAAUGUUGGUUAUUGUUGCAGGUUUUAGUUGAUGAAUUGCAUUCAAAAAGCCUGUUGAAAAGCUUUUGGUUUUACAUAGAUUUACUUUUAAAUAAAGUUGUUGGUAUUGGACCAGUAACACCAGAGAUGAACAAUUAUUCCAAAUUAAAUAUUCAACAUAAAUUUAAAACUGAUGAUAAGAAUGGUUUUGGUAUAUGGUUGCUGAUUCAUAUAGCUCAAUUGCACGGAUUCACUAAAAAUGGACUAUUUAUUGGUCAUUGUUCAGACAGGAUAUCUUCUCAUUAUAAAAUGUUAGAAUUGUGUAUGAAACAAGCAGUUACUGAAGACGUAGCAGAAAAAUCAUUGAGGACAUACAUUAUUUUAGUGUCAGAUAUAACAAUUAAAUGGUGGGAACCAAAGAAUGAUAUCUUGGCUCUACUAUGGGAGUACUUCCAAAAAAAAUUAAACAGUUCCUUCUUUAUCCAAGGUGCAUCAAUACAAACAUUAGCAGUUUGCAGUAAUACCGCUUUAGGUUACCUAAAUAAAAUCAAACAGCGUUUGUCUUGCCCUCAUAUUGAUGCUCAAGAGUCUAGCUUCAACAACUAUUUAUAUCUACUUGGUAAACAUUUUAUGCGAUGUCGAGAUAACAAUGAGGUCUCAUACUGGCAAAAGUUUAAAGGUCGUAUAUACCCAAAAUUGUCUGCAAAUAAAUUAUUCUCACUUACAGAAAUGGGCUUGAUAAACUUGACUUCUAUGUUUUUGACUUUAGCCCACAGCAUUGAUGUUAAUGAAAUUGGCAAAAAAUUGGUUGAUAUAUUAUCUCAAGUAUCACAUGAGAAAUUAGAUACAGCUUGUAAAGUAGUGAUUAUAAAAACUCAUAUAUCGCUUAUAAUGCUGAAUAUUGAAAACAAUUUAGACAUUGCUUAUGUUGCAAAGCCUCUGCUCGAGCUAGUUAAUGGAUCAUUUACAGAAUGUAAUAAUGAUAAUAUCAAUUUGGUGCUGUGUGUAUUUAUAGAAGGCAUAGGAGAUGUUUUUGAUAUAUGCCAAUCUUUUUAUUUAUCUGAAUAUCUUUUGAUUGAUGUAUGGGUUUCCAAAUUUUUGUCUGCGUGUAAUCAAAGUAGUGCUUCUAAAUUACUGGAUAUUUUUCUUAAAAUGUUAGUAAAGUUGCAUACUUGUUACAGACAAAUAUUUUUGAUAGGGUCUUCAAACACAGAUGAUAAUAUAAAAUUUAGGAAAAUCCUGGACAAAUUAUUAUCUCAUGUACUACCUUUUGUAAAACAGAAUGCAACAAAUGCCAAUGCUAUUAUACAAACAACUGAUGCGGCUGUGUAUUUUACAUUGUUUUCUUUGUAUGAUGAAACAUUGUAUAUGCAGUUUAAUCAAAGUUUUAUCACCUUGUUCAAAUAUUUUUCAGAAAAUGAACAUAUUAAUAUAAGGAUAACACGCAGAUACCUAGUAAAGUUAUCAACACAUCAGGAUGCAAUUGAUCAUCUUCGAGUACAUUUUACAAAUUAUGAAAGUCAUUUUGUGCAAGCAUGGGUCAAAUGUUGUUUUUUAUGUUAUGAUGAUUUCAAAAAUCAGGAAAUGAAGGACCUUUUUUCGAUUGUUCAUGAUUUUGAAGACCUAAAAUUGCUAUACAGCUCAUCUCAAGUAUCUUUAGAGGAUGCUGAGGAUACUGUAUGUGCUUUAUUUGUAGCAACUGGAUACGAGUACAGCACUACUUCUAAACUUCACAUCAAAACACAAAUGCGUGAAUUGUUGCACAAUUAUCUAGGGUCUUUGGAAAGUCAUAUCAUCCCAUUGAUUAAAAAUCCAACGUCAUUAGACUUAACAUUACGAGUAUAUUCUGUUAUAGCAGUUUUAUUCCUGCACUGUUCAAAAUUACUAUAUGUAAGAUCAAAACCAACUUGUCUCCUGCAUAUAUUAUUAUCUCAGUUGAUACUGCCCGCUGGCUUGUUCAUGGAUAAAAAGCCUCAUCAAUACAUAAUAACAGCAAUGCGUAAAACUUGGUUUUUAUUUAUUAAAGGAUUAUUUGCUUUGAAUUACAAAACAGAUUCUUAUAUAGAAAAGGCACUGAAGGACUUAAUUGUGGUUUAUGUACCGUAUUUUGGAAUGCAAAAUACAAAUUUAGAGAAGUACUGCACAAUACAACCAAUUCACAAAUUGAUAUGUUCUGACGAUUGUACAGAUUUGCUGUUGGAUUUUGUUUAUGAAAAAUUGUACACAAAUUUCCUUAUAUUUCGUGGAAAACAAGUCAAUCAACAUUCAGCAAUGCUUCUUGCAAUAUUUUGUGAUAUAAUCACCAAAAACAAUAAAAACAUUAGAAUACUCAGAACAUUUGUAAAAAACUUGGGAACAUCGAUUUUAGAACAUAUAAUGUUUUUAGAAGAUUUAUCACCAAGCAAAAAAUUAGCCUGCAACAUUACUGAAUCCAUUAUUCAAUCUUCAUAUUUAGAAACAGAUGAGGACCUUAAAAAAUAUUUUAGUAAUUCCAUUACCAAUUUGACACAAAAGCAUUUAGCAUUUUGUUCAAAUUAUAUAUUUAGGCUGCUUAAAAAAUUAAUAGAUAUCAUGCCUUCGGUUGUAGAAUACACAUUGCCCGAUAUAAAAAAUCAAGUAGCUUGUGUUGAAGCCCGAAGAGGUGUUGGUCGUGAUGAGGGAUUAAGGAAAUCUUUAGCAGAAUUGGAACAUCAUAUAUUAAGAACUAGAAUUUUAUAUUAA